AUGGCCGAGAUCGAGGAGCCGCGCUUCACAACGCUCGCUGAGCGCAUUGCCGCUCUCAAUCAGCAAAAGAACUUUCAGUCUCCGCCGGCCGCUGCUGGCAAGCGGCCACCGCCUCUGCCGCCCCCUGUCCGUGCUCUCACCGAUGACGCGAGCAGGACCACAUCUGAGGCCGCCACGGCCGAAAUAAGUCCUGCUCUUCCUCCGCGCCCAGUUCGGGCCGCUACCGAGAGGUUGCCGCCGCCGCUCCCACGACGGACUGGGGAGCCGGAGAAUGGAGGAGACACUGGAGUGCAGCCCCCGGCGCCUUCACCAGGGCGGCUGGCUCCGCCUCCCCUCCCAGCCCGGAACUCGCCGCAGCCGACUCCCCCAAAGCUGCCCUCGCGGCGCCCUUCGGCGCAGACUCUCUCGGUGCGGCGGAACUCGAAUGCUUCGGAUGUUUCCCUGCUGUCUACCGUGUCUAGUCUCUCUCUUAACCAAACCAAGUCGGCUACAUCCAACGAAGUGCCCCAGGGCCCUACACCGCGCAGGUUACCUCCGCCCCUUGAACAAGCCAAGCUGCCGCCACUGCCCCCAACCAGGCGUGAGCUCGACGCAAAGGCGAAGGAGGAGGCCGAGAAGGAGUCAGCAAGCGCUACGCCGCCUCUUCCGCCUCGGCGCAUUGCUGAACCACCGAGACCCUCGUUGCCGCCUAGGCUCCCAUCGAGACCAGCCAAGCCGCCAGCAGAUGCGCCAGUGGAAGAGCCGGCACCUCCUCUUCCGGCCCGGCGCCUUCCACCUCCUCCAGCGAGCUCCCGGCCCAAGGCAGACUUGGAUAGCGGCUUCCAAAAUGGAGCCCGCAAGCCGUCCCCUCCCCCGGCUCCGCCGCCUGUACCUGUGAGCUCUCGGCCGACCCUUGCCCAGAUCGAUGCUGUGGCGGCGCGCGGUUCUUCUGCUACCGUCCGGCACCCCCCCGCUCCUCCAGCCGCAAGCCGAGACUGCUUGACCUGCCGGGACUUCUCCGCCCCCGACACUCUUGCCUCCCAGCACCCAACAUCCACUCUCCCGCACCAUGACCCCAUCGGCCAUCUCGCCCACGUGCUCUGCAGCCCAUUCUCGUCCCCCACGGACAAGGCGCGCGCAAUCUUCACCUGGUGCCACCACAACAUCGUUUACGACGUGCACGGCUUCUUCAACAACUGCAUCCCGCGCGGCCAGACCCCAGCCGAGACCAUUUUCUCGGGCAAAGCCGUCUGCGAAGGCUACGCUCGCGUGUACGAGGCGAUCGCGACGCGCGCGGGGCUCGCCUGCGUUGUCGUCACCGGCCACGGCAAGGGCUACGGCUUCACGCCCGUCAAAGCCGGCCAGCGGCCGCCCCCGCGCGACCCCACGGGCCACGCGUGGAACGCAGUGCGCAUCGAUGGAGGCGCGUGGAAGCUCAUCGACGCCUGCUGGGGCGCCGGCGCACUGUGCAACAACGAGUACAGUCAGCGCUUCGCGCCCGAGCAAUUCACGAUGAGCAACGAGCGCUUCGGCCUUCGCCACUACCCGGCCGACGACCGCCACUGGUACCGCCGGGACGGCAGGGCCGUCUCGUGGGAAGAGUACAUCGUCGGCCCGGUCGGCGACGAGCCGGCCGAGUGGAUGGGCGAUGCGACGCGGGAGGGGCUCGACGAGAGCAACUUUGCGCCGGCGCAGAAGCGCCUCAGCGUGGGCAGCGGCGGCCUCAUGCGCUUUCAGUUUGCCAAGGUGUGCGAGCAUUGGACGCCGGAGCGGAACGGCUUGGGCAAGCAGAUGCUGUUUGGGCUGAAGAUCAACGGCGUGGACGGGCGCAAGGACGACAUCCUGCCGUUGGAGACCGACGGGUUCUGGUAUUAUGUGGAUGUGAAUGCCCGAGACUUGGGCGCGCCGGGACAGACGGUGGUGCUUGUCGCAUUUGAGACGAUCGACGGGCAGAGCGCGCGGGGGCUGACCAAGGAGGAGUGGUUGCGGCGGAAAGGCCGGUGCGGAUACAGCAUCGCGUUCCUGGUCCGGUGGGAGCUGGUAGCUUGA